AUGUUUAUGAUAUGCUAUUAUCUUCGAGUGAUCAGCGGCUCGGUAUGCCAUUUUAACGAUUUUUACCUUCGCGGCGGGGAAUUUUAUAUCUGGUCGAUGAGUUCAUAUCUGCGGGGCGUGGGAUUGGAGGUUAGGAAUUUGUUUAGUAAAGGGUAUGAUUUGAAGGGUGGGAUUAGAGAUAAGAGCGGUAAAAUAUUUUGUGAGAUGAGGAAGCUGGAACACAAAAUAUACAGGUUCUAUUAUGGUAAUGGGAAGAGAGAGUUGAUUGCUGGGGUGGUCUAA